AUGGCGCAUCUCGUGUCGCUCCCCCCGGAGAUUCUUCACAACAUCUUCCAGUGGCUCCGCCCGCACGACCUCCUUCUGCUCCCCCGUGUUUGUCGCAUUUUCCGGGCCUUCGCCUACAAGAACCGACGGCUGUGCCGUGACGUCUACCUAAACGACACACCCGAAGACACAAAACUGGACUGGGAAACGGAAUUGCGAGAUGUGGUGCGCCUCCAAGUCAUCUGCCGACGAAAGACGGUCGCGGACAAGGAACAUGAACUGGACUUUGUCUCCCAGACCCUGAACCGACUGCUCAAGCAUGCCUCUUCGCUGAGGCACACUACUGAAAUCUCCCAUACGCAUGCCGCGUCUCGCAAUGCAGAGUUCCUCGCCGAGCUCUUCAAGGAGCCUUCGACUCGCGAGGCCUUUCUCCAGCGUUCUUUUCUCUUCGAGAGGGUCCGAAACGAAUGCCAUCGCCCAAUGCGCUGGGCAGAUUCUGUAAAGCAGGAGCACCAGCAGAGCGCCAAGUUGCAUUGCCUAUACGGCAGGCCCAUCACCAACCUGGGUCGGCUGAGGUCGACGAGGACGUAUCCCUAUGCCGUGUCCAAGGUGUACGACCUACGUCAGUACACUGUUCUUACCAGAUGGGGGCCCUUCAUGAACGAUGCGACGGGUCGUGUCGACUGGGAAAAGGUGGAGGCCAUUCUCGUCGUCCUAGGCCAAAAUCUCAACCAGAGACGCGUGACAAAGCUCUUCGGUGACGUUUGGGACUGUCCCUUUUCCGGGUCCUGGCCGAAGAGCUACAUACCCUCCCCGACGGUCGAGCUCUCGCCGCUGGAGGCGAGUGACCCAUACGGCGUGACUGGAACUUGGUACCGGGCCAUUUGCUAUCUCGACUACAACGACUUUUUCAAGUAUAACUUCCCCGUCGGCGUCGACAUACCCGAUGACGCUCCUCGGCCUCCCCUGAGUGUCGGCGAGGAAAUGCGCCUGAUAAUCAUGAGGGCUCGCGUCACGGCUAUCCAAUCCCCCGGGCCCGACGAUGGGCAAGAACUGCCCGUGGUGCACUUUACGGGCGUGUCCCGCCCGCUUGACGGUUCGUGGGAUGAUAACGCCAACUCGGAUCUCCGAGGCACCGUACGCCUCACAAAAGAAGGCGAAGUCAGGUGGACGACCAUUUCCGUCUUUCAAGGCGAAGAGCGCUGGCGCAGCGAAGGGAUUCAGAUUGGCGGCCUCAGAUCGGCGCGCGGAGUCGUCGGGCACUGGUUUGACAAGGACUACGAUGCCCAAGGACCGGUGGGACCGACGGCUUUCUGGAAGGCGAGCGAAUCCUCGGCAACAAACGACACGAUCCAAAGCCUGCUGACAAACGACUUUUUGUUGGCGUACACCACCAUGGCCUACAUGGACGACUCGGACCCGGAGGCGGAAAUGGACUAUGAAGACGAGGAAGAGGACGACGACAUGGACGAGGACUUUGACGGCGAGCCCGUCUCGAACGAGCUCCCGGGGCUGUUGCUGGACGCGCAGCUCGAGGUGGCGGACAUUAUGCAGCAGGCUGGACAGGGCUAG